AUGAGAUUCUCUGGUUCCAUUGUUUUGGUACUUGGUCUUUAUUCAGGUUUUGCUCAGGCAGAACCUGAUAACCUCUUUAAGCGCGAUAACGACCAGAAUGUUCUCUCUGAUAAGAUAUGGACUUCAACCUCCAGUGGUAAGAACUUUCUUAUUACUCCAACUGCCAUAGAUGGAGUCACAAUAUCUGCUUCUCCUGUCACAGAUUCGGCUACUCAAUGGGUGUCUCUUGAUUCUUCAGGAAUUCCAUAUAAAGUCACUCCCGUAAAAACAGAUGGUUCUACUGUGUCUGUGUCUCCAACUCCCACUGCUUCCGACUAUCCUGAUCCUACAGGCGGUGCCCCUCCUGUGCUUCGUUGUAUGAAUGAUAGAGUUCCUUCUGAUGAUACUACCGGUUAUCCGUUUUGCAUUGCUAACGGCACUGAACUAGUUGUGGGCGAGACUUAUUGGAUUACUUGGGAUCCAACCUAUUGGGGAGGUAACGUAGCUCGUGUUAGAUUGCAGACUGUUCAGUAUCCCAUGAAGGAUAAUGAUGAAGUACUUUUCAACAGUGACUACAUUUCUAAUAAUAAUGGUUUCUAUCCAUGGUACAUCAAAUCUUCUUACAAAAAGGGAAAGGGCUUUUUUUGGCUAACAAUUACUCCGUUGGUGACCUCUAAGAGUGAUGUCGAACAUGUUGGCACCAAAUCUGGUCCUCUCCUUAGAAUUGUUGAUUCAACGUCUGAUGCCUCAACCAAAAUUAGCAGGGUUCCAUCUGAUAAUGGUGUCACUAGUUCCUCCUCGCAUUCCAACUCCAGUAAAGUGAAGGUCAUCGUCCCUGCAGUUAUUGUCCCCGUCGUUGUGAUUGCUUUGGUUGUCGUCUUGUUCUUCCUCUACUUUAACCGUGCGAAGAAGCAGGGAAACGAUCCAAGUAUUGGUGGCUUUUUUAGCAGCAUUAGAAUGAAGGGCUCUAAGACAAUAGAACCCGUUACUGAUGCUGAACGUGUUGCUGUCACUACAGAUGCUACUUCAGUUACUAGUGAAGACUUGGAAUCGCGACUUUCUUCCGUCGAUGCUUCUACCUUACAGACGCAGUCCAUUUCCGGGGACCCCUUUGCUGAUAAUCCUCCUGAAAGCUUGUGA